GGCAGCAGCAAGUGAUGCUUGACUUCUGUGAUUAACUGGUAUCCAUGCCAAUUACAAGAUGCGAACAAAAACCUGCCGUUAACCAGCGAAAAACUUCCCAAUCCGCGAAAAUAUUCCAAAAUUUCGAUGGAAAUCGCAUAUGCAGUUUUUUGCCAGCAAUUAGUAGCGACAUCUACUGGUCAAAAACUGUUCCAAGAUCCUGGACUUCAAGUGCGUAGAAAUAAGCGACCAAUAACGUAAACAACAACUUUUACCGGCAACCGCAAUUAUGCACUUGUUUGUUUCAGAAUUCUUUACUGGGAUAAACUAAAUUAAAACAGAGUGACUGAUAGCUAAAACUUUUUAUAUUAGUGGGAAAUUUAUUUCUUGCAGUACAUGUAAUCAGACUUUUUUUUAUCAAAUUGUUCAUGCAGUAUGGGGGAAAAAAGAUUUUCUCAGAAAAGUAAACUUGUUGUAAAUAGUGUUAUUCAUCCUGUAAGAAAAUCUUAUUCCUGUUGUAUAUGUUAUAAGAGUUUUUCAGAAAAAGGUGCACUGACUAUACACAGUCGUGUUCAUACUGGUGAGAAACCUUAUUCAUGUAGUGUAUGUAUUAAGAAUUUUUCGCAAAAAAGCCAUCUGAUAAUACACCACCGUGUUCAUACUGGUGAAAAACCUUAUUCUUGUAGUAUAUGUAAUAAGACUUUUUCAGAAAGAAGUGCACUGACUAAACACAGUAUUGUUCAUACUGGUGAAAAACCUUAUUCUUGUAGUAUAUGUAAUAAAAAAUUUUCAGAAAGGAGUACACUGACUAAACACAGUCGUGUUCAUACAGGUGAAAAACCUUAUUCUUGUAGUAUAUGUAAUAAGAGUUUUUCGGCAACAAGUACACUGACUAAACACAGUCGUGUUCAUACUGGUGAAACACCUUAUUCUUGUAGUAUAUGUAAUAAGAGUUUUUCAGAAAGAAGUACACUGACUAAACACAGUCUUGUUCAUACUGGUGAAAAACCUUAUUCUUGUAGUAUAUGUUAUAAGAGUUUCUCAGAAAGAGGUACACUGACUAAACACAGUCUUGUUCAUACUGGUGAAAAACCUUAUUCUUGUAGUAUAUGUAAUAAGAGUUUUUCAGCAACAAGUACACUGACUAAACACAGUCGUGUUCAUACUGGUGAGAAACCGUAUUUUUGUAGUGUAUGUAAUCUGAGAUUCUCAAGAAAAGGUACACUGACUAUACACAAUCGUGUUCAUACUGGUGAGAAACCUUAUUCUUGUAGUGUAUGUAUUAAGAGUUUUUCACAAAAAUGCCAUCUGAUAAUACACUGUCGUGUUCAUACUGGUGAAAAACCUUAUUCUUGUAGUACAUGUAAUAGGAGUUUUUCUGAAAGAAGUGCAUUGACUAAACACAGUCUUGUUCAUACUGGUGAAAAACCUUAUUCUUGUAGUAUAUGUAAUAAGAGUUUUUCAGAAAGAGGUACACUGACUAAACACGGUCUUGUUCAUACUGGUGAAAAACCUUAUUCUUGUAGUAUAUGUAAUAAAAGUUUUUCAGAAAGGAGUGCACUGACUAAACACAGUCGUGUUCAUACUGGUGAAAAACCUUAUUCUUGUAGUAUAUGUAAGAAGAGUUUUUCAACAACAAGUACACUGACUAAACACAGUCGUGUUCAUAUUGGUGAAACACCUUAUUCUUGUAGCAUAUGUAGUAAGAGUUUUUCAGCAAGAAGUACACUGACUAAACACGGGCUUGUUCAUACUGGUGAAAAACCUUAUUCUUGUAGUAAAUGUAAUAAGAGUUUUUCACGAAAAUACCAUCUGAUAAGACACAGUCGUGUUCAUGCUGUGGAGAAACUUUAUUCUUGUGAUAUAUAUAAUAAAAGUUUUUUACAAAAAGAUCAUCUUGCUCUCACUGUUUAGCAGCUAUAUUCUUGUAUUUGUAAAAAUUAUUUUUACUUAGGGACUAUCCAGGUAAUCACAAUUGUAUUCAUACUUGU